GCAUUUUUUUUAUUCAAUAUUGCUGCUGUCUGAUUUUGAAGUUCCUUCAUUUUCAUGAAGCAGUCAUACCUGCAUAAUUCUUUGUUUCUUUAUUUUAUCAUGACAAGAGCAAAGAACACCAAAAAGAAGUCAAGCCCAGAACCAGAAGAAUAUGAAGUAGAAAAGAUCAAGAGCCAUAAGGUCUUUCAAGUUGGCAAAAAACACGUCUUAAAAUACUUGGUCAAAUGGAAGAACUAUCCAGCAGAAUCAAACACUUGGGAGUCAAUUGAAAACUUGUCAAAUAGAUCCAAUGCUUUUGAACUCGUAGAUGAUUAUUGGAGCAUUUUAGGAGGUGAUGAAGCACGCGAGAGAGUGAUGAGUCAGAUUGAAAGCGAAUCCUAUUCUCAAGUAAAAGACACACAAAAGAAAUCAAAGAAGAGAACCAAGAAGGAAGAGAAAAAUGCAUCAAAAGAAGAACCAAAAGCAAAAAAAGUAAAGGAGGAUAUGUAUGAAAGUGAAAGUGAUUCCGAUUUUUCUGAAAGCGAGAUCAACUCUAAAUCUUUCAGAGCAAAGUCUGAUUGGAAUGAUGUCUCUAAAGUGAAGUAUGUAAGAAUGUCUAAUAAUAACAAGCGUUUGGAUGCCAUUGUUCGCUGGGCUGAUGGUAAAAUUGCAUUGUAUCCUACAACCCUUCUCGCUCAAAAGUGCCCUUUGAAAUUGAUUGAGUUUUAUGAAAAGAGAGUGACGUUUGACAGAAAUAAAAAGUAAUGAGAAAUUACCUUAGUCAGCUUAAAAAAAUGGCAUUUAAUGCGUGAAUUUGAAUUGCUAUUUUCUAGUCUUUUAAUAAUGAAUUCCUCAAACUUAUUUGAUGUUAAAGACAAGGUA